AUGAGAGAACUGACGCGAAAUGAAAAAUUUGAUAUCUUAACAAUAUCAGAAACGUGGCUAAAUACAAGUGUAUCGUCUGCUGAAGUAAAAAUAGAAGGUUUCAAUCUUUUAAGAUUAGACCGCCUUCAUAAACGAGGUGGAGGGGUGUGCACGUAUGUUCGUAAAGAACUUAAAGCAUCUGUCAUAAAGUCUCUGUCUUCUAUCUCUGAAGACAACUUCCACCAACAAUGGAUAAAUGUUCAGUAUAAAAAAUCCAAAUCGUUUUUAAUCUGUGUAACUUACAGGCCACCUGACUGUCCCUUGAACUGUUUGGAAGACGCUCUUAAGCCAAACUAUAUGGAAGCUUUAUUAUUAAACAAACCAAUCCUGAUCCUAGGAGACCUAAAUUGUGAUGCAUUGAAGAGUGGUUGCGCAGAGUAUAAAUCUCUUGAAAAAUUUUUAAAUGAAAUGAACCUUACCCAAAUCAUCGAAACCGCAACAAGGAUCACGAAUUCAACUUGUUCAUUGCUAGAUGUCAUCAUAGUGUCGUCGAAGUCGUUAGUUAGCCGAAGUGGGGUAUUAAACGCAUCUAUCAGCGACCAUUUGCCAGUGUACGCGGAACUCAAACUUAAACCUCCUAGACAAGCCACAAGAUAUAUCACUACGCGUAGCUACAAAAACUAUGUACCUAAUGACUUCUUCACCGAUCUAGCUAGAAAGUCAGACUCCCUCUUAUCCGUUUUGGAAGAGGAAGAUGUAAAUAACAAACUCCAUCGCUUUAACCAUGUUGUGCAAUCAACACUAGAUGUUCACGCACCGAUUAAAACAACAGCGAUUCGUAAUCGACCUUGCCCUUUUAUCACACAAAAUCUUAGAAACCAAAUGAAAGAGAGAGACCAAUUACACCAUCAAUUUCUAAUUACGCGUGACACUAAGGACUGGGAAAAUUACAAGAUCUACCGAAAUAAUAUUAAAAAAGCUCUCAGGAAGGCAGAAAAUAAACAUAAUUCUAAUGAAGUACAGCAACACAAAGAUAACCCGAGGUCUAUCUGGAAAAUAAUAAACCGUCUGGUACCAUCAAAGAGCCAAGAGAGACAAAUUUACACCAAAGAUCACAAAUCUAUCGCAAACGAAUUCAACCAAUUUUUUUCAUCAGUUGGUGAAAAUGCUGCAAAGAAAUCUAUUCAUCUAGCAGCUGCUAAUAACAUCGCUCUGCAGGAACCCUAUGAAAAAGUUUAUAUACCGGAAAACGAUCAAUUUUCGUUUAGGGCGGUAUCUUGUUAUGAAGUUCGUCGAGUGGUGUUAUCUUUACCUAACAAUAAAUCUCCCGGCCCAGAUUUAAUUAACCCAAAGAUAAUAAAACGAGUAGAUCAAACAUUUUCGUCUUCAGCGAAAUUUCAAUAUUAA